CGAAACAAACUCCACAAGAAACCGUGUUCUGUAUUGUGGGCUGUUUACUACAGCAUUUUCAUUCUUUUUAACGAUAUCUGGAGUCGCCUUUCAAGUGUCAUCGAAGCUUCCAAAUUUUUUUUAAAGCGCUGCAGAAGCUUGAUUUGGAUUUAUUUGGUUCAAUUGCAAGCGUAACUUAAAUCUCACAUCAACAAUGUCGAUCGCGGUAGCUACUCCGCGACAUUGUUUUGGCCUCAAGGCCGAUGUUGCUGAUAAUAUUUGCUAUCUGGAUGAACAAACGAUCAUUUACCCGUCUGGAUCGAACUGCAUUUUGUUCAACAUUGACCAGAAAUCACAACGGUUCAUACCUGGAACAGAUAAAAGCGCUGGAAUGACAUCCAUGGCUGUUAGUCCAAAUCGAAGGUACGUCGCCAUCGCGGAGAAAGGGGAGAAAGCUACCAUAACUAUUUACGAUCUGAACACGUUGAGAAAGAAGAAAGUGCUCAGUUCUACAGAGGUUCAAUCUAACGAGUUUGUCAGCUUGGCUUUCUCGCCAGAUUCUAAAUAUCUUGUGUCUCAAGGAGGAAGACCCGACUGGACAUUGCUUUAUUGGACCUGGGAGAAGGCGAAAGUGAUGGCUGUUACAAAAUCUACCAAUCAGAUGAACUCACCUGUUUAUCAGGUGACAUUUAAUCCUCAGGAUAACACUCAGCUAUGUGUGGUAGGGAAUGGAAUCUUCAAGUUGUUUCGUUACAGUGAGGGUAAUCUUAAACAGUUUGCUUUCCAGAAAAUGGAGCCACAAAACUUCCUCUGCCAGGCAUGGGUGUCAGAUGAAAGAAUUAUAGCUGGAACAGAUAGUGGAAGACUUCUGUUGUUUGAAUCAGGAGAACUGAAGAGUGAAUUUCAUGUUGGUGGAGGUGGGGCAAAUGCUUCUGCUCCCACAAGGCAAAGUAUGGCCAGUGUACCUGAAAGUGGUGUAAGCCAGGAUACUCCUCCACAAGUCACAUGCAUUAUUGCAUUUUCGAAAGGCUUCAUCUGUUCAGGGGGAGCGGGGACAGUACACCUCUUUGAGAAAACUGAGGAAAAAGACUUCUACAAGAAGGCCAGAGAGAUUAAGAUUCCUGUCGACACGCAGAGUCCAGAUCCACAACUAUUAGAGAAUCAAGAGAUUGUCAAUCUUACUGUGAGCCCAUCAGAGGAAACUCUUGUCUGCAGCACCAAGACAAGUCAGCUGUACUGUAUCACCAUGUCCACUGCUGAUCUUGGGAAGGGUGAUAUUGCCACAUUUGAGCUGUUGUCGCAGGCAUUCCAUCGUGGUGUUAUCACUGGUAUGGAUGUUUGUAUACGAAAACCACUGAUAGCUACUUGUGGUUUGGACAGAUCUGUGAGAAUAUGGAAUUAUGAAGUUUGUGAUCUGGAGCCAGGAUGACAGUAAAAUAAUUUCAUGUGGUAUGGAUGGUGCCGUGUAUGAGUGGAAUGUAACCAGUUACAAGCGUGAAGGAGAGAGUGUUCUCAAAUCCUGUAGCUACACCGGUGUUUCUGUGUCCCCGGACAGCAGGACAACUUUUGCUGUGGGCUCUGACAGGACUCUCAAGGAAAUUUGUGACUCACAGAUGAUGGCUGAGCUUAAAACACGUGUGGAGGAACUCAAAAUGGAAAACGAGUACCAGCUUCGUCUCAAAGACAUGAACUACAAUGAAAAAAUCAAAGAACUCACGGAGAAGUUCAUACAGGAGAUGGAAUCUUUGAAAACUAAAAACCAGGUUCUUAAGACCGACAAGGACAAAGAAGAAGCGAAACACGAAGAAGAGAUAGCUGACUUCACGGAAAAGCAUGGCAAGGAAUUGCAAGACCUGGAGUCGGCGAACAACCAGAAGCUUAUGUCAGAAUAUGAGAAAUAUCAAGAGCUUCAGGCCAAGAGCCAGAAGAUGCAAGAGGAUUAUGAACGACAGUUGACGGAAAUGGAGGAAUCGAAGGAACAAGCGUUGGAGGAACUGACGGAAUAUUAUGAGAAUAAACUGACAGAGAAAAGUGCGCAGCUAGAACAGUCACAAGAUGAAUCACGGCAGCAGUUACGAGAGUACGAAGAAACGAAGAAACAAAUUGAAGAGGAUGCAGACCGAGAAAUCUUGGAUAUAAAAAACAAGUACGAACGAAGGCUGAGGGAGGAGAAAGAAGCAAAUCUGAGACUGAAAGGCGAGACAGGGAUUAUGAGGAAAAAGUUUACGAGUCUACAAAAAGAAAUUGACGAUUACAAAGCUGAAAUCCAACGCCAACAAAACGAGAAUAACAAACUACAAGGAGUGAUUAAGUCUCUGGAGAAGGACAUCUAUGGGCUGAAGAAGGAAAUCCAGGAACGAGACGAAACCAUUCAGGACAAGGAAAAACGUAUCUACGACUUAAAGAAGAAGAAUCAAGAGCUUGAAAAGUUCAAAUUUGUCUUGGAUUAUAAAAUCAAGGAGCUGAAGAAACAAAUAGAACCGAGAGAAAAUGACAUAAAAGCUAUGAAAGAACAAAUUCAAGAGAUGGAGAGCGAGCUUGAACGGUUCCACAAACAAAAUACGAGCCUGGAAUUGAACAUCACUGAGCUGAGACUGAAACUUAAGGCCACAGACAAAGAAAUGCAUAUGGAGAGACAAAGGGUGCGUGAUGUUGAAGCUGUGGUGAAGAGAUUUAAGACUGACCUUCAUAACUGCGUCGGUUUUAUACAAGAGCCCAAGAAACUCAAAGAGAAUGUCAAGUCCUUGUAUCAAAAAUACGUCCAAGAUGAAUCGCUGGACUCCGCUGGUGUGGAUGCGGACAUUCAAAGAGAGUAUGCGCGUCAGCGAGAACAUCUUGAGAGAAGUGUGGCAUCCUUACGAAAGAAGCUUGCUAAAGAUUCUGAAAUCCACAGGGCAGAUAAUGUCAGAAUUAUGCAGGAGAACGUCACUCUCAUUAAAGAGAUCAACGACUUAAGGCGUGAGCUUAAAAUCGCCCGCACUCAAGUCCACGACCUGGAAACCGCAUUAGGUGUUAUGCGGAAACAACAGCAAUUCCCCGAAGACGAAGAAAUCGGGAAUAUGGAGAACAAACGGAAACUGUCCGAGGAAAAUGUGGAAAUGGAAAAAAUGAUAGAUAUGCAGAAGACUGAGAUAAGGAAAUUGCGAGUUCAAAUAAAAGACAUGGAGACCGUUAUAAAUUCCCGUCCACCCUCUGGCUCCAGGCUUCCGCCGGUCGCUGUUGGGUAGGAUUUUGGCGUGAAGGAUCUUUUACUGAAAAUCGUGUUACAUUGUCCAGUUAUCUAGCUUUUUUUUUUUUUUCGAGUUUGGAUGAUGAGAGUUUUGUUCUUGCCUUGUAAAUAGACACGUAGUCAAUGCAUUCGAGAAGGAAAGAAUGAAAAGCCGGAACUGUCACUUAACAGCCUUUUUUUUUUCUAAUCGUAACUGUACACUACUAUCCGAAGAAUAUGUAAAUAAAUCUGUAUUUUGAACAUA